AUGGACACUACACCGAGCACAUACAAGGGUCCCAUUGGGCCUCUCCAUCAUCGUCGUGCCCACUGCAAAGCUAGCAAACCCAAGCUCAAGCGAUGCUUGGGCUGCUUGGCGGUCAAAUACUGCAACGCCAAGCACCAGACUGAUGACUGGCCGCUACAUCAAUCUGUUUGUGCCAAUAUUAAACACGCACGAGCUCGGCUCGAGGAGGAGGAAUACAGUGUCCGAAACGCUCCUCAAGACUUUAUGACGCCUGCAAAUGCCUUUGAAACAGAUGUUGGCCGUUUCUGGGGUCUUCUGCACACUCGUGACUACAUGCGGGCGCGCUUCGCACUGGCCGGCGAACUUCUGCUCAAUUUAGGCACGCUCAGCAGUGUCACCGAGGCUCUCAAGCAUAUACGCGAUAUGCUGAGGCUGUGUCGCGGCGACAAUAUGGGACUGAGGGGCUUGAUACCCGUGGUCAUGCUACGAUUGGAUCGUGACCAGGAGUGCCAUGAUUUUGUGAAAUGGCGGUCUACUUGCGAUGGCUUUGAAUGGGAUAACAUGGACGCGCCGUAUCUCGACACUCGCAACGCCGACGUUUUUGAAGACCCGGGAUUUCUUAUCACCAGGUUCCCCGCGCUGAACAACGUCGUUGCAAUUCUACUGCUGAAAUUAAAGCUCCUUGUCGACAUUCGCAACAUACGUGUCGCCCGAAAGAUAUUUGCGCAACGAUCCGUCCCUCUUGACAUAUGUCGAUUGAUAGAACCAAAUCUAGUCCGAAGCCCUCUUUCCAAAAGGUUUCUGAAGGAAUUCCCCGAGGGCCUCGAUCAGCUUGAACUCAGGCUCCUCAAGCACAACCGCGAGCUGGGCACCGCUCUGACGAAUGCGAACCAACACUUCAUUUACAACCUCUUCGAGCCCGACGAGGCACUUUCCGGCAUUCCAGAGGCGUAUUCACCCGGUUCCUGGGAAGAGAUGGCGCUGGCUAUGCGAUACUGUUACGCUGCAUUUUUGGGAGACUGCAGGCGUAUUACCCCUACUGCGCGAUGCGCGGCUUUGCGCGACGAGGAAUUUGAAGGGUGA